AUGGCUGUGACGGACGAGCCAAAAGAGAAGGAGGAGACGAAGGGAGCGCUUACCGUCGCCGUGAACACCGAAAACACCGAGUUUAGCGCGGGCGUGCUCGGGGGGCUCGCCGGCUUCUUCGUCGGGGGACCGGUUCUCGCGGCCGUGCUGGCGGUGGCCGCCAACUACGGCUCCAAGCAGGAAAACGAGGCGGGGGUAGCUGUGCGCGGCGUGUCCGCCAACGCGAUCGAAGCGUUCAACUUCUUGACUACGCUUAACAGCAAGUACGACGUUACCGGCAAGGCGGGGGCACAGCUUGACAAGGCCGUGACCGAGCUCAAGUCGACAGGGGAGGCGGGAGACACGAUCGAGAAGGUUGAGAAGACGGUCAAGGACCUCACGUCGCAGGCGACCAAGCUCUCGAGCGAAUACGACCUCCCCGCCAAGGCGAAGCAGGCGUUGGGCGUCGCGGGGGAGCUGGCCGACACCGCCAUCGUCAAGGGGAUCGAGCUGGAGAAGGAGUACAAGGUUACCGACAAGGUUAAGGACUCGAUCAAGAAGUCCAUCGACAGCACCAAGAACUAAGGGGUAUUAUUCGAGAGCUUUUGUUUUUUUCGUCCGAAGAUUUUGGGAUGGAAGGGCGCGCUUGUUCCACAUCCGUCCGCCAUCGGCCUGUUCCACACACGCUUUUGCACGCGUGCUGCCCGUGAAUGGGGGGGGGGGGGAAGGGG